AUGCCGAGAUCGUCGUCGGGAGCGGAGACGGUCACCGCGUGGGGACCGCACCGCAUCGAGUUGCGACAUCGUCCGUGGCGGCUUUUACGGUCUCCCUCCGAUUCCCGAAACGUAUCUGCACUCGGGCGUUUCGAAACCGUUGCAGAUGCAUUUGAGGGGAUGGAAAGCCAGGAGUCUUCGAGGAGAGACACAAUGGAACCAUACAGCAUGUCAUAUUCCAUGCACGAUUACGCCUGUAUUACCGCAGAUGAGUCACCCGACUACCACUCGUUGCCCGUGGUGGCGCCACCGAGUGAAAACUUGCCAGGUCGGAAGUCGGAGCCAGGGGACCUCAUGAGCUUUCAGCGUCUUCCGAAGUCCCUCUGCUCCAAGGUAUCCACCGUCAAGCGGUCUGAGUCCCUCAAAGAGACGGCUUCACAGCUCAAGAUGACCCUCUCCGCUGAUCCCAAGAAGCCCAAACGACCUCCAAAAGCCCGGGGCUUUCAUUUGACGGAAGAGACCAAGUUUAAUAGCCUGCCGAGACCUAAGAAGAACUCCAGCUCUGGAGCCGGUCACCCACUUCGACGCAGCAAUUCCAACUCUAGCUUGAGAAAUUUCGACUCAAAGAGCAAGAGAGAGGAGAGCCCUUCGAUUGCACCCCAGAAGUCACGACAGCUUCCGAAGCUACCUCCCACUGACAAAAAAUCUACAAAUGAAUCUCCAGAAGCGGCAACUUCAAUCUAUGCCACAUUACCGCGCAGAUCCAAGUCGACCAAAAAGCCAGAAGCUCCAACGCCGAACACAGGACCUUCUCACCGAACUCCAGUUCGUACUGGCAUGACGUCACGAGCCAGCAGCAGUUCGGACUCGGGAAAGUCCACUCCAGUGUCGCGUCCAUCAACUGCCAGGAAACAACUGACUCCUGUAGAGCGAAAGCAGUCACCUUUGACUUCACGUGCCAAGACAACGUCAUCGACGCCGACCAGACCAUCCCCUCUGACCAAGACACCCCAACAGCGAAGGGAGCGACUGGUGAUUUACCAUGAAAGCAGCACACAAACUGUUCUGCAUGGAAGUGAUAUUCAGAGUGCUCUUCAGUCUGCAAGGAGCACUCCAGUGAGCUGUAUAUGUGAACAGCCUUCGCUGAGCAGUGAGGUGAGGUCACGACCUGAUAUCAUCACCACCAUCCGUGAUGAUGCUUCCACGUUGGUUGUCGAUUCCAUAUCCUCGGUGGACCAAGAGGUCCAGGUCGAAAUCAACUUCUAUGACCCAUCGAAGUCCUACACCUUGGCUGACACACAGAACCUGGUCAAUCAGCUGAAGAAGCUGACUGAGGAGCAUUCAAAGCUGGAGGCAGAGUAUGCACGACUCCGAAAUGGCAUUACUGAGGUGGAGACACUCAAGGAAGAGCUGAAGAAGCUUCGAAAAACAUUGGAGGAAGAACGUGCAAUCAAGAAUGAAGUGCAGCAGGAACUGGAUGACACCUCUCAGCGUGUCCAGAACAUGCUAAACUCCCUAGAAGGUGUUGAAAAAGAGUUCACAAAUCAAGGCCUGAGCCUGGCAGAGCUUGAGAAGAAACUGGAGCAGGGUCACCGGACAAUUUUACGUCAGCAGGAGGAGAUUGACUCGUUGCAUCAGCUGGUAAUCACCCUCAAGAAGGACCUGGAGAAAAGCCUUGCUGCUCAGAAAACUCUUUUGCAGCAGCUCCAGGAGACAGAGAGUGAAUCACGUGAGCUGCAAGAGUUCCUCCAGGUGGAGAAGAACACUCUGCAAGAAGCCCUGAAGGAUUCAGAAGGAGAAUUGAGACGACUCCGUUCUGAAGCACAGGAGCGGGAAAGGCUGUUGCAUGAGCAGACUGUCCGCUACAGUCGCCUCCUUCAGUUGGCCGAGGACAAGAGGUCAGAGGGGAGUGAGUCGGACAUGUUACUGCAUCAGGGUGCAGAGAUGUCCAGCUGUGCUGUGGUGCUUACAGAUCUCCUUAGUCGCAUCCACAGUGUCACUCUUACCCUUGCCAAGUCUUUCCAUGUCUCCCCUCCUUCACCACUCAAGCUGAGCAAUGGCGUGAUCAAGAACGGUGAGUCGGGUCUCCCCAAUGGGGAUUCUGCAAAGGGAAGUGAGGUGCUAGCAGAACUCCUGGAGAGUGGGAGUCCAUUAGAGGAGAGGGAGGUGAAUGGAAUGGGGCUGGUGGAGCAGGUGAUGGAGGCUGACCGAGGUCUCACACACCUCCUCCGUGUCUUCCAUGCUGCCCUCCAUGGCCUAGAGGGACGACUCCAGGAGAUACAGGGACAAAAGUGA